UGACAGAUUGAGAUGAGACAAAGUAUGAGUUGGGGAGAUUCCUUGGGGGAGACACGGCUCAAACAUUUAUGUAACUAUGUCUAGAUCCAAAUCUGGAUUAGUUGGCCUCAUUGAUAUGUGAUUAAGAUGAGAUUCCUUAUGUCUCCCAACAUCCAUAGUAUAUAUUGAGAACAUGCCAAUGAAAGUAAGGCACAUCCAUCGCUCAAUUCAAUAUUCAACAUCAAGGCUUCUCUCUCUCAUUUCUUGAGCAAAGGAAAAAAAUGGCAGCCUCUCCUUUAAACAAAAAAUCAAACUUCCAUGGUCGCUCAAUCAGCUUGCCCUCUAGAUCACACCCACUCAUUCUUCAAUGUAAUCAACAUUUAAACACCUUAUUAAGUGCUUCCGAUGAAACCUCCUCAUCAUUGCUUUUCAAUAAGAUAGGAAACUUGCGAGAUUUAAUCGAAUGUGUUGAAAAUGUGAUUCAGCUUCCACUAACACAAGAUGCACUUGUCCAUGAGCAUCAAGAAAAUUGGGUAAAUAACCUUUUGGAUGGAUCCUUAAGACUCUUAGAUGUGUGUAGUACAGCCAAAGAUGCUUUAAUUCACACAAAAGAAUGCACAAGGGAACUUCAAUCCAUCAUAAGAAGAAAAAAGGGGAGUGAAGUGGAGCUCACUUCAGAGGUUAAGAAAUUCUUGACAUCUAGAAAGGUAGUCAAAAAGGCCAUCUCUAAAGCCUUGACAAAUAUGAAGGCCAAUACCAAAAAUUGCAACAUUUUUUCUACAGACAAAGACCAUCAAACAGUGACUUUGAUUAACUUAUUACAAGAUGUUGAAGUGGCUACAUUAUCAACAUUUCAGACAAUACUGCAAUUUAUCUCAGGGACCACACAGUCAAAGUCAAACAGCUGGAUUUCCAUUUCCAAGCUAAUUCAGUCCAAAAGAGUUGCUUGCUCUCUUGUAGCAGAUGAAAGUGAAUUUGCUCAAGUGGAUGUAGCAUUGCAGUCUUUUGUAUUUACCAAGACUAGAAAACUUGAAGGUAUCAACAAUCUCCAAAACCACAUGGAGAAAAUGGAGUCAUGCAUUCAAGACUUUGAAGAAGGGCUUGAAUUUCUGUUUAGGCGUCUCAUUAAAAUCAGGGUCUCGCUUCUUAAUAUCCUCAACCAUUAGUUGAAUGUUUAUUGAGAUCAAAAUUUUGUAGUCAUAUAGAUACACUUGUACAUGGAAAUUAUAUUUGUAAAUGAAUAGAAAUAAUAAGCAGAAACUUUUCUCAA